AUGGCUGAAGAAUUAGACUCAACGACAGUACCCGUGGACUUUGUUAAGGAAGGAGGCGAUUGGCUGGCCAUAUUUAAUCCCCGCGUACCUCGCCAGAUGGACGUGCAGCUUGCAGCGCGGUACGUUCAUGACGGCGUGGUAUGUAGUGUGAAAUUUUCCUUGGACGGGACAUUGCUUGCAGUAGGCAUGGAGGGUGCCGUUGUACUUUACAACUUGGCUCUUGGAGAGAAGUUUACCUUCACACUGGAGAGUAAUAGUGGAAAACCAAAUCAUGCACGAGCUAUUUGCAUCAGUCCUGAUGGUCAUUUUCUUGUCGCUGGUUCUGAAGACAGACUCAUAAGAGUCUGGAGUAUCACGAACCGCAUGUUGGUGCAUGCUUUGGAGGGGCACUCCGGAGAGGUGUAUGCUCUAGCAUUUACACCUGACAACAACACAUUGCUUUCAGCGUCCGGAGAUUGCACGAUCCGCGUUUGGGAUGCGACUCAGUUUGCUGAGACUCCUGAUGCUAGCUCAAUCAUCCUCGAUGAAACUAUGGAGGCCAACUGUCGUGUACUUCGCCCAGUCAGCUCUGGUGUCAAACUUUCAUCCAAACUCGCACUGACAUCUAUUGCCGUCGACUCAACUGGCAAGUUUGUUGCUGGGGGGUCGUUGGAUGGAAUGAUUCGAAUCUGGAAGGUUGACGGCACCGAGAACGGCAGCACGGAGCCGGUGGAGACAUUAAGCGGGCAUGGGGAUGCUGUGUAUAGUGUGCAGUUUGUUGAAGGCGGCUUGGUGAGCGCAAGCGUGGAUCGCGCGCUGAAACACUGGAACAUAAGUGAAGUGGGUGUUGGUCGCACAGAGUGUCGAAAAACUCUGCAGGGACACAAAGACUGCAUUCUCGCCACAUCUGCACUUCAAGUUGGAAGAGAUCAACGCGUCGUGUCCUCGUCUCGGGAUGGGACGGUAAGGAUGUGGGACUUGAAGACGGGCAUGGUGCAAUUCGUGAUCCAGGGUCAUAAAAACACUGUGACGACUGUGGAUCUUUGCAAGGACGGACGGCUGUUAGCAUCUGGUAGCGGGGACUGUGAAGUGCGGCUAUGUAAGCGUGAAUUGACAUAA